AUGGCGUUAACUCACAUUGAUUUACGAACUCAUGAAAAUAUAAAAGAAGCCAUCAAAAUAAAUCAAGCCAAAGAAUUUUCAAUUCAUACAGAUUUCAAUUUUUUUUGGGAAUUUGAUGAUUUCAAUAUUUAUGAAGCGACUGUUCCAGAUCGAAUGCAUAUGCUUGAUCUCAGCAUCACAAAGUAUCUUUUGGAGUUUACUCAUGAAUACUUACAACAAAAA